CAGAAAAAGGGAAGCACGAAGGCUUUUUCUCACAAUGAAAGUCGACCUCCAGUUUUACUACAUCCCUGUUUGCAGUCCCAGGAGUCCCAGCUCCCCAGUCAAAGAAAACCACCAACAAUCCAAGGGGGAUUCCUGCACUCUUGGUUCCUAUUUGAGCAACGUUGACCCAUGGUACAACUGCAACAUCAAGAGCUUGGGUAGAAUGAUUCCCAACCUGGCUAAAAUGCAACAAGCAAGCAACGAGAGGCAAAAAGAGCCCUUCAUCUCUGAUAUAAUUUCAUAUUAUGUCCGUACUGGUCAGCAGCCGGUCUACUUCGCUAUCUACUUUGUUAAGAUCUCAUUCAACAACAUUACAAAGGAGCCAGUGGAGGAAGUGUUUCUUACCCAUCUGGACAUGGAGUUCCCUGAAUUCAGGCAUAUCGCUGCAUCAGUUAGAGGAGAUAAACACAGGAAGAGCUCGGGGGAGGUAUGCGGAGCUAUGGUCUCAAUGAAUUACAGAAAGGUGACAUUAAGUGGCCGUGACAUCGAUGAAGGGAUUUCGGUCAGGAUGACAGGUGCUCGGAUCAAUGCCAUUCCUUCCAAUGAAGCAGAAGAUCUAAACUGUCUGACACUGAUGAUAAACGAAACCUCCGUAAAGACGAAAAACAACACUGUGGAGCCGCCAAAGUUUCGAACCAGCAACAUUAAAAUUCGCACUUUGGAGAGACGUUCUUUCACUGUUACACUGGACAGAGAUGAUUCCAGGACCUACAGAAAUGUGCAGAGCAUCGAGGUCUCGCCCUGUGUGGAUCCAGGAUACUCUGUCCAGAAAACAAUGAGGUCCAAAUACAAGUUGGAAGAGGAUAAAGAUGCUGGACUGAGCAAGUACAUGAACAAAGGACUUCCUCUGCCAAUUAAUACAUUUGCUGGCAUCAUCAACUGAUGUGAUGAAGUGACCCCACAGAGACACUUUUGGUAGUUUUGGCAGUGGCAAUGACCUUUCUCUCUUUUAAACAUCUAAUCCAACAAAUGAAUAGAAAUCACCUCCGAGUCAUGAUGAGCUGCUUCCGAAACUAGAGUUUCACUCCGUCAAUCUGAAAUGACUGGCACAUUGACUGGCAGUGUCAACUUUUGCAGUUAAUGA